GCGAGCGCACAAAAGGCGGCGGCGGCGGCCCUCUUCCCCUCCUUCCCUCCCGUCCUUCUCUCCUCCCCUCCCCUCUUCCCUCCCCGGGCAGGCAGGCAGGCAGGCAGGCAGGCGCCGGAGGGGCGCCGCGUUUCCCGGGCCAGCAAUUGCUUGGAAAUGAUUGUCAUAUAAGAAAUCAACCAUGGCAAACAGGAAAUGUCAAAGCAGUACAGCCAGCGUGCUGGAUCACCGGGCAAGAGUCUGCCCUGCUUCGGUGCAUGGCAGAGAUGCUGAAAACAAGGAGAAUAAUCUGCCGAUGGAGGAAUACGCAGAGAAUGAGAUAGAGGCAAUGCCCGUCGGGCAAGGGAGCCCCACGUUGGCAGAACAUGAGUGCAACGAUAACAGUGCUGACGGUGAUUCCAGCUCAGAUUAUGUCAACAACACUUCCGAAGAGGAAGACUAUGAUGAAGGCCUCCCCGAGGAAGAGGAGGGCAUAACUUACUACAUUCGGUAUUGCCCAGAGGACGACAGCUACCUGGAAGGAAUGGACUGCAAUGGUGAAGAAUAUAUUCCUCAAGAGGAACAUCAAGUGGAGACGGAUGAAUGCCAAGAAGCCGUAGAGGAAGAGGAGUGGGCAGAAACGAAAAUUCAGGAUGAAGAUGAUGCUACGGAAGCGGCAGCCUACCGUGAUGGUUGUGUCCAGCUUUUGGAAGGCGAGGUGGCUUCUCUGGAAAUCCAAGACCAAGACGAAAGCCUACAGUAUUGCCAUUCGAGUGAAGAAACCUACCCGAGCUAUUACUCGCCGGAAGCCAACGGGAACGCCCACGGUCUGUCUCCUUAUCAUUCCAGGAAAGAAGAGGUGGAGUUGGAAGAGCAGGAAGAAGACAUUGACCAGAUCGUGGCCGAGAUUAAAAUGAGUAUGAGCUCGAGCAGUAUCAACAGCGUGUCGGAAAUGAGCCCGGAGCAUACUGGGACUGAAGGUGUGCCAAAUGACUAUGCAGAGACUUGUCAAAAAGAAGACUCUGGCCAUACCACCAACAGGCAUCACGGGAGGCCAAAGUCCCUGAACAUCCCCCCGGCCUCAAAGCAAGUGGGAGAUGUACCCCGAGUCCUCAAAACAAAAUCGAAAACUCCAGAGGAAAGGCAGACGUGGCCACAGGAGCAGGUGUGUAAUGGCUUGGAGCAGCCGAGGAAGCAGCAGCGCUCUGAUCUCAACGGGCCCAUCGACAACAAUAACAUGCCAGAGACAAAGAAAGUGUCGUCCUUCCCAAGUUUUGUUGAUGUUCCAGGACCUUGUGAACCCGAAGACCUCAUAGACGGCAUCAUCUUUGCAGCCAAUUACCUGGGCUCCACUCAACUGCUUUCUGAGCGUAACCCUUCCAAAAACAUCCGCAUGAUGCAAGCGCAGGAAGCGGUGAGCCGUGUCAAGAGCUCCGAGGGGGAUUCCCAGGCGCUGACGGAAGUGGAUCUCUUCAUCUCUACCCAGAGGAUUAAAGUUCUUAACGCCGAUACGCAGGAAACCAUGAUGGACCAUGCGCUGCGCACGAUCUCCUACAUCGCUGACAUUGGCAACAUCGUCGUAUUGAUGGCAAGACGCCGAAUGCCCCGCUCGGCUUCGCAGGACUGUAUUGAAACCACCCCCGGAGCGCAAGAAGGAAAGAAACAGUACAAGAUGAUAUGCCACGUCUUCGAAUCGGAGGAUGCCCAGCUGAUUGCUCAGUCUAUCGGCCAGGCGUUCAGCGUGGCCUAUCAGGAGUUCCUCCGAGCCAACGGGAUCAACCCCGAGGACCUGAGUCAGAAAGAAUACAGUGACAUCAUCAGUACCCAAGAGAUGUAUAAUGACGACCUCAUCCAUUUCUCCAACUCGGAGAACUGCAAAGAGCUACAGAUAGCAAAACAGAAGGGUGAGAUCCUUGGCGUGGUGAUUGUGGAGUCUGGCUGGGGGUCCAUUUUACCCACGGUGAUCUUGGCCAAUAUGAUGAACGGGGGCCCUGCGGCACGGUCCGGGAAGCUCAGCAUCGGGGACCAGAUUAUGUCCAUCAAUGGGACCAGUCUGGUCGGGCUUCCUCUGGCAACAUGUCAAGGAAUCAUCAAGGGAUUAAAGAAUCAGACCCAAGUGAAGCUGAACAUUGUCAGUUGCCCCCCGGUCACCACUGUCCUUAUCAAGCGACCUGAUUUGAAAUACCAGCUGGGCUUCAGUGUACAGAACGGAAUUAUAUGCAGCCUGAUGCGAGGAGGCAUUGCGGAGCGAGGAGGCGUCCGUGUUGGCCAUCGCAUCAUUGAGAUCAACGGCCAAAGCGUCGUGGCCACCGCUCACGAGAAGAUUGUCCAGGCCUUGUCCAACUCGGUGGGAGAGAUUCACAUGAAGACGAUGCCGGCAGCCAUGUUCAGGCUGCUCACCGGUCAAGAGACCCCACUCUAUAUCUGAUGCAAGGCCCACCUCUCAUGAAAGGAACUGAAGAGCCCUUCUGCAAGAGGGUUUAAUACUUGGUAGAGAACAGGAAGGGGUCUGAAUCUGCUCCUUCACGCUCUGGAAGUGCAACGGCUCCAGUUUGCGUAACAGCUGCGUCGCCACACGGUGAAGCUGUUGCGCUGGACGAUAGCCACUGUGUCAAGGUAUUCUGCAACCACCACCAACCACCACACUUUGUCAUAGAAGCUUCUUGGCAUAGGACACAAUGCCCUGUGGGCAUCUCCAGGGCCAGCCCCGCUGCUGAGAUCUGUUCUCCCACAGAUUGUACUUAUAUCUAUCCCAACGAGACGAGGCAAGCGCAGACUUUCCUUUGGGGUGGGUGGGUGACAAUGAAUGUAUGCAAUUCCGAGAAAGGGGAGGGGGGGAAUGACAAGUGUUUGAUCUUCGUCGGGCGGGGAGGGACGCGCCAGCUGUAAUUGGUAUUCUUUAUUGACCAGUGUAACGUGUUUAUAUGAGAUGUGACUGUACUGUGAAACAGGGGAAGCUGGGGACAAAAAAAGAGUUUUGCGACAAUAAAAGACUUGCCACAUUCUGAACAUUGAA